AUAGAAUAAAAGAGAAUGGGACCUUUAAUAAUAGGUGUUAACAUACCUCAAGUUCCACCAAAUUUACAACCUCAAGUUCACACCCUUGUCUCUAUGGAUGAUCCAAUUGAAGUUCCACCAACCACCGCCAGCCACGUGGUGGCGAUGCCAUACCCAGGGCGAGGCCACGUUAACCCCAUGAUGAGCCUCUGCAAGCUGCUCCUAUCCAAAAACUCCGACAUCCUCGUAACCUUCGUGGUCACCGAGGAAUGGCUCGGCUUCAUCGGCUCCGACCCCAAACCCGACAACAUCCGAUUCGCCACAAUCCCAAACGUUAUUCCCUCCGAACACGGUCGAGCCAACGACUUCGUCACCUUCGUCGAAGCCGUUAUGACCAAAAUGGAAGCUCCCUUUGAAGACUUACUCAACCGGCUUUUGCCGCCGCCAACAGUGAUCAUAUACGACACUUACCUCUUCUGGGUGGUUCGCCUUGCAAAUAAGAGAAGCAUUCCCGUGGCGUCGUUUUGGCCGAUGUCGGCGUCGUUUUUCGCUGUGCUCAAACACUACCAUCUUCUCGAGCAAAAUGGUCACUACCCUGUAAACGUAUCAGAAGACGGUGAGAAACGUGUGGAUUAUAUUCCGGGGAACUCGUCAAUUCGUCUGGCAGAUUUUCCACUUAAUGAUGGAAGUUGGCGCAACCGAAGAUUGUUGGAAUUGUCCUUGAAUGCUAUACCAUGGAUGCAGAAAUCGCAAUAUCUGUUAUUUCCUUCCAUAUACGAGCUUGAGCCUCGAGCUAUUGAUGCUUUGAAAUCAGAGUUCUCUAUACCCAUUUACACUGUUGGCCCUGCCAUACCUUCUUUUGGUAAUAGCCUCAUUGAUGACAUUGGCUACUUCCAAUGGCUUGACAACCAACCCUCUGGCUCUGUAUUGUACAUCUCUCAAGGGAGUUUUCUUUCGUUUUCCAAUGAACAAAUUGAUGAAAUUGCGGCCGGUGUUCGCGAAAGUGGCGUUCGAUUCUUGUGGGUGCAGCCCGGAGAGAGUGAUAAGUUGAAAGAGAUGUGUGGGGAUAGGGGACUUGUUUUGGCAUGGUGUGAUCAAUUGAGAGUGUUGCAGCAUCAUUCUAUUGGGGGUUUUUGGUCUCAUUGUGGCUGGAAUUCCACCAGAGAAGGUGUUUUUAGUGGUGUUCCUUUUUUGGCCUUUCCAAUAUUAAUGGACCAACCACUAAACGGUAAGUUGAUAGUAGAGGAAUGGAAGGUGGGGUGGAGGGUGAAGAAGGAGGUGAAAAAGGACACUUUGAUAACAAAAGAUGAAAUUGCUAAUCUUAUUAAGAGGUUUAUGCAUUUGGGUGGGGAUGAAGUGAGAGAUAUGAGGAAAAGAAGCAGAGAGCUGAAGCAGAUAUGUCACCGUGCAAUUGCAAGUGGUGGAUCAUCAGAAUCCAAUAUCAAUGCUUUUCUUUUGCAUAUAUUACAGGGUGCCAAGCCUCAUUAAGAACAUAGUUAUUUGGUACUUGGUCCUUGUUCGCUGUUACUCAUAUUUUACAUUAUUACAAACAUGUAUUUUUGACGGAAAACCGUCAAAAACCCAGCAUUAAUGAACAAAAAAAAAAAACUCUAAGUGAGUAACAAUGCUGGUUUUGUUUUGAUCCUCCAAUUUCUUUUAUAUUAAUUCUCCCGGCUAGAGUGUUGGAUCCUUUAUCAAAUAAGGCCUAGUAUUUCAUAUUUACCAUGAUUUGUAAGCGUUUGAACCACAACAAUAGUAGAGACCAGAGAACUUUUAUCUUGUUA